GUGGAAGGAUGGGUUGUCUUCAUUACAGGCGUUAAUGAGGAGGCUCAAGAAGAUAAUCACGAGGCGUUUGCUGAGUUUGGGGACGUCAAGAACAUUUACUUGAACCUGGACCGGCAGGCUGUCUUCGUGAAGGGCUAUGCGCUUGUGGAGUAUAAAACG